AACAACAACAACAACAACAAUAACAACAACAAUUUGGAGCAAAUACUAUAGGAUAUUUUAAAAACUUGAUUAAAAGAUUUUUGAGAAUGUGACUUGUCUUUUUAUCCCCUUUUAUAUGUGAUUUGCCAUAUCAAUAACAUUGUAAGAUUCUAAUGUUAAUGCAAAUUGACAAUUUCAAACUAUUAAUUAUCACUGGAAACUUUUUGGGAGGAUCUGUUGCCUCUCUAUUUACCUUAUGGCUGCUAGAAACAAUCAAUUUUUCAAUCACCAAACGCCCACUUUGUAUCACUUUUGGCUCACCCCUUAUUGGUGAUAAUGGCUUGCAAAAUGCCAUAUUGAACUACCCAACAUGGAGCUCUUGUUUUCUGCAUGUAGUUUCUCACCAAGAUCCAGUCCCAAGAGUCCUAAUUUCACCCCACAAUCCUCCUGCCACUGAAUCAGCUUCACAAACAAAUGUUUACAAGCCUUUUGGGACUUUUCUCUUGUGCUCGGAAUCCGGAUGUGGUUGUUUUGAGGACUCUCAAACCAUUUUGGAGUUGUUGAUGGCUACCUACUCAGAGGGUCCUGGAAAUCAAAAUCCUAAUCAAGUUUUGGAGCUCUACAAAAAGAUUGUGGAAUAUCUCAAUCAUAAGCAACAACCACAGAACAAUGGCCUAAACAAUAUGAUUACAAAGACAAAAGAGCAAGAAAUGAAAUUGUUCAAGUCCAAGGGACAGGGUUUUGAUCCCUCCAAGAAGUUGAAUGAAAUAAAAAUAAAUAUGGCUUUCUUUGAAUGGUACAAGAAGUUUUUUAAGCAAAAGGGAAUUGGAUAUUAUGACAACUACAAGAAUGGAAGCUCUACAAGUGAUAUUGAUGUGAUAAGGUUUAAGAAAAUCCUCACUAGUUAUUGGGAAGAAAUGGUGGAUGAAGCAGAGAAAAAGCCCCAGAAAGAAGGUGCCUCCUUUCGUACCCGAUGGCUCUUUGUUGGAACAAAUUAUCGACGGAUGAUUGAACCACUAGACAUAGCUGAACACUACAAUGAGAGCACACAAGACUACAUAUUGUCAAGGUCUAAACAUUACGAAAAAUUGGAACAAUGGUUGAAGGAAACGGAGAAGCCUUCUAGUGGUCCAAAUGAUUUGAAGAAACAGAAUGUGGCGUCAAGUCUAAUAGAGGAUUCUCUCUUUUGGGCACAUGUUGAGGAGGCUCGCAUUUCAAUAGCUCGCAUUUCAUGCAAAGGAGAAAGUGAUAUGGAGAAAGAAUCAUUAAAUUGCAAACUGAUUGAGUUUGAAAACUAUGUGUUGGAUUUGAUGAAAAAUUAUACAGUAUCGCCUGAGAUUUUCUUAACUGGGAGCAGCUUCAUGAAAUGGUGGGAAGAGUAUAGAAAAAUUAAGGGAACUUCUUAUAGUUCACGUCUCACUAACUUAAUGAAUAAUGCUGAGAAUUACGACAAAUACGCUACUGGUUGUCUAGUGAUUCACUGAAUGUUUUAUGAUAUGAAUCACAUGUUUCAAUAUCUAUGUGUUUCUUAAGGUUAUCAUGACUUUUGAGUGGAUUUUGUGGUGUCCUUUGUGUUAGAACCACAUUUUUGUUUUUUCUUUUGUGUGUAUCUAUAUGUGCACUUUCCUUCA